GCGCUACUCUCAGCUGGAAUUGUGUCGCAAAUGGUUUCCCCAGAAGACUUUCUUCAGCAGGCGAUAGGUGCAAAGCUUCCGGUAGAGAAGAUUUCAAUUGUAAAGGGACGAGAGGACCGACACUGGCACCGUGCAGAAAUCCUUUCGCUUCGUAACGAACAUGCGGGCCUUGAUAAAGUCCAGUUCUACGUUCACUAUGAAGGAUUCAACAAACGUUUGGACGAGUGGGUCCCCUUGGAGAGACUGAAUAUCUCUCAAGCCGAGUUUGCAAAGGUUGGAAAGAAGCAAACUGCCAAUAAGCUUUCUGGAGCUGCAGGGCCGCCAACGACGCCCAGUGGAGGUCCUGCUGCAAAAGUCGAAGGUUCCGGUUCCGGUGCAGCUGUCGGUGUGCCAUUGUCGGCCACAGUGCCCCAGAAGCGGAAACGACAUGACAGAGAAAGGACCCCAUCACAUAAUCAGCUCCAGGCAGAAGAACAUAGAGUAAAACAAGAAGCGGACAAGGAUGCGGAUGGGGAUGUGGUUAUGGGAGAUGCCUCUGCAAGUCAGGAUACGGACGACACUUUUUCAAAGGAAAAAGAGCUUGAAAAACUUCGGGUCCACGGUUCAAUGACUCAGUGCGUUACUGAAAUUGCACGACUUAAGAAUAUUGAUAAAAUCGUCAUGGGUAAACACGAAAUCGAAACGUGGUACUUUUCACCAUAUCCAGAGGAAUUCACUCAACUCCCUCGUAUAUGGAUCUGUGAGUUUUGCUUGGAGUACAUGGGCUCCCAGCGCCAAUUCGAGCGACACCGAACGAAAUGCACUCUUCGGCAUCCCCCAGGAAACGAAAUAUAUCGAGAUGAAAAAGCUCGCAUCUCUUUCUAUGAAAUUGAUGGUCGGAAGCAGCGUAGAUAUUGCCGAAAUUUAUGUCUUCUUUCCAAACUCUUCCUUGAUCACAAAACCCUCUACUACGACGUUGAGCCAUUCCUAUUUUAUAUCAUGACAUCCUGUGAUGAAACUGGCCAUCACGUCCUAGGCUAUUUUUCCAAAGAAAAGCAAUCCAACGAGGAUUACAACGUUGCCUGUAUCUUGACGCUUCCUCAAUAUCAACGAAUGGGUUACGGGAAACUCUUGAUUCAAUUCUCCUACGAAUUGUCAAAAAUUGAGAAGAAGACAGGGUCUCCCGAAAAGCCUCUUUCGGAUCUGGGACUCUUAUCAUAUCGGUCGUACUGGGCCGAUACGAUUCUGGAGAAACUCUAUCAGUACCGAGGCGAGAUCACAAUUCAAGAAUUGAGUGAUGAGACGAGUAUUACUUGCGACGAUAUCAUGCACACUUUGCAAGCGCUGGAUUUGAUCAAAUACUAUAAAGGACAGUUUGUCAUGUGUUUGAGCAAAGGCAAUAUCCAGCAUCAUGAGAAGAAUGUUGCGAAGAACAAGACAAGGAUUGAUCCGGACAAAUUAGAUUGGGUCCCUCCGAAGUUCACGCAAGCACAGCUACGUUAUGGAUAUUGAUGCCUUGAAGUGAUGGGUCCAUGAUGUUGUGCCUUUUCUGUACAUUGUUUGUUCAUGGUUGUGUUGCCGUUGUGUCGCGCACUGAAUUCCAGGAUCGCUAAAUCAGAUCUGGGCUGUAAAUAUACCUCGCUCAAUAAAGUUUA